AUAAUUUGUUCGUACCAAGAUAUAUUCGUACCCAGUUCAGCUGUUUAUGCCAAUCAAAAAUUAUUAAUAGUAUCGUGGUGACUGUAACAUGCUGAAAUGAAUACAUUUAUUAUUUUGGAAAAUAAUUUUGUAAUAAAAAGUUUGAGUCUUUGUUCCAGUAGAUGUCACAUCUAACUUGUUAAGUAUUCUGUCAGAGGAGUUGAUAUGACAAGAAAAGGUGUGAUUAGUCUGAGGUUUAAUCAAGAUCAAGGUUGUUUUACGUGUGCCUCUGAAUUUGGACUUAGAAUAUACAAUGUGGACCCUUUAGUGCAGAAAUUAUGCUUGAAUACAGAGAAGGUUGGCAGUGUGUAUGGUGCAGAGAUGCUGUUCCGUACCAACAUUGUUGCCUUGAUUGGGGGUGGAAAUGUGCCCAGGUUUGAUGAAAAAGCAGUUGUGAUCUGGGACCAAAGUCGCGGCGAUGCUACAAAUUCGGUUGUACUUGACAUCACAUUUGCCCAGCCAGUCAUGGCUGUAAGGAUUAAAAAAGACAGAUUGAUAGCAGUGUUAAGAAACCAGGUUCAUGUUUUCACAUUUCCUAAUAACCCACAGAAAAUACAGACAUUUGAAACAAGGGACAAUCCUAAAGGCCUUUGUGAAGUGAGUCCAUAUGGUUCCAACUUGGUAUUCCCUGGCCAUGUUUGUGGCAGUGUGCAGAUUGUGAACCUUGACCGCACCCAGCCAGGUCAAACCACGGCUCCUGUUACCAUCAACGCACACAAAACCGACCUAGCAUGUAUUGCCAUAAACCAGCCUGGCUCUCUGGUUGCCACAGCCUCUGUUAAAGGCACACUAAUUCGAGUGUUUGACGCGAACAAGAAGUCUCAACUGCUGGAGUUAAGGAGAGGGGCUGACCCUGCCAAGCUCUACUGUAUAUCAUUCAGCCUGGACUCGGCCUACCUGUGUGCAUCUAGUGACAAAGGGACAGUUCAUAUAUUCGCUGUGAAAGAGACAGAGCUGAAUAAAAGAUCUACGUUUAAGAAGAUGGGGUUUCUUGGUCAGUAUGUGGAGUCCCAGUGGGGCCUGGCCAACUUCACCGUGCCUGCAGAGUGUGCCUGUGUGUGUGCAUUCGCCCCCAACCAUGCUGUCAUAGCUGUGUGUGUAGAUGGGACCUUUCACAAGUAUGUGUUCACCAAGCAGGGAAACUGUAACAGGGAGGCCUACGAUAUCUGGUUGGAUAUUGGGGAUGAUAUGGACUGACCGGUGGGUGAAGGCUGGGGCAUGGUUACUCCAGGUGCUGGAGAGGUGGCAAUAGUCUGUGAUAGUGCUAGAUUGUUUCAGUACAAGAUAUUUUGUUGUAGAUGUAUCGUCUGUAUAUAUGAUUUCAGAUGUUUCAUCACUGGUGCUGAAGUCAGCAAGUUUAUUUUAGGUAUAAUAACCACUGAAGUCAACACUGCACUUAGUAAACAUUUUCAGCUCAGAAAUAAUUUCAUAUAAUUUAUAUGUUUACGGCUACCAUGUGAACCAGAUUGAAAGAACUAAGAAAAUUUACCUCGGACUAUAAAGUUCUGAAACAUUUCCUUCAGAGUUUAAGGUGGAUGAUAUGAUCAAUUCAACAGCUUAAAUAAGCACUUUCAGUUUUAGAUGAUCUUUUGGCAAGACCAAUUCAUGUUUGCUUAGUUCACUUGAGAUGUUUAAAAAUGAUGGUGUUAUAAAAAUGGUAAGAUAGUUUGCUGCAUGUGCUCUUCAACAUUCUAUGAUUUUACUUUGAUGUAAUGAUAUUUUGUAUUGGGGACUUGUACCUCUACCCAUUGUAUCAAAGCUUGGAAGAAUUCACUUUUUACAAACAUGAUGUGAACUUGUGAAGAAUUGAUGGAACAUGAAUCUGAUGUUUUGUUCUUGAAAUACCAGUAAGUCAGUAUACCAGUAAGUCAGUAUAUGCAUGCAUGUUGAUUUCUAUUGUUGAAAUUUGAAUUUAUGUUUUUAUGCUAUUUAAUCAUCCAUUGAAGAUUUUAAAGUACCUUGUUAUUUUUCAUCCAUGAUGAAUAAAUCAAUCAUUUAUAAGU